GGACUUGUAGUCCCCGUCCCGCCCCCCCCAGUUCGCGAGGCGGGGAAGGUGCCGCCGGCGGCGGGGCGGACUCCGUUUCCCGUCGUGCCCGCGGGGGGUGGCAUGGCGCUGGAAGGAUGACACCGGAGUUUGACGAAGAAGUGGUGUUUGAGAAUUCACCACUCUACCAGUAUCUGCAGGAUUUGGGACACACAGAUUUUGAAGUAUGUUCCUCUGUGUCGCAGAAGGCAAAGCAAUGUGCAGUAGAGGAAGGCCAGAAAGAGCGGACUGUGCACGUUGCCCAGAAACAAGGCAUCCUGUCAAAACUAGUUGAAUUCUUCAGAAGUUGGUUUCCUUUUCCACAAUAUAAGAAAGAUGAUGACAUCCUUCACCGACUGGAUGUUGGAUUUCGAUUUGACACACUCCGUACCAUCCUGCAACAGGAAGUUCUGCUGCAGGAGGAUGUGGAACUGAUUGAGUUCCUUGACCCGAGUAUCCUGUCUGCAGGGCAGUGUAAGCAACAGGAAAAUGGACGGCUUCCAACACUACGCUCCCUAGCAACUCCUAAUAUUUGGGAUGUCUCGCUGUUGCUUGCCUUUGUAAGUGCACUGCUUAUGCUUCCUUCAUGGUGGAAGGAAUCGUCGUGGCUACCGUGGGGACUAGUUCUGCUUGCAUAUGCAAUCUUUCGAGUGUGGGGCACAUGGAAGACAGCCAAGCUGCAAAUGUCCCUGCGAAAAUACUGUGUCCAGCUGGAAGAAACAGUGGCAAAUAGUCGAGCUUUUACUAAUCUCGUGAGAAAAGCUUUACGACUCAUUCAAGAGACUGAAGUAAUUUCCAGAGGAUUUACCCUUUUGCUUGACAGGGUCAGUGCCGCUUGCCCAUUUAAUAAAGCUGGACAACAUCCUAGUCAACAUCUCAUCGGUCUCCGGAAAGCUGUUUAUCGAUCUGUCAGAGCCAACUUCCGAGCUUCAAGACUGGCUACGCUAUACAUGCUGAAAAACUACCCUCUGAACUCUGAGAGCGACAACGUGACCAGCUACAUCUGUGUAGUCCCUUUCAAGGAGCUGGGUCUGGGACUGAGUGAAGAGCAGGUGUCUGAAGAGGAGGCACACAAUCUCACAGAUGGCUUCAGCUUGCCUGCACUCAAGGUUCUGUUUCAGCUCUGGGUAGGGCAGAGUUCAGAAUUCUUCAGGAGGCUGGUACUGCUCCUCUCGCCAGCCAAUGCAUCCCCCAAGCCCUUGAUCUCCCCUGAGCGGUUGCCUCAUCAUAUCUUGUCUGAUGUGACUCAAGGCCUACCUCAUACACACGCUGCCUGCUUGGAGGAGUUAAAGCGAAGCUAUGAGUUUUAUCGGUACUUUGAAACUCAGCAUCAGUCAGGUUUCGAACGGCCAACCAGAACAAAGCAGAAGUCAAGGGAGUUGAACAGUCUCCAAACAGCAGUACGCAGCUUGCAGCUUCAUCUGAAGGCACUGCUGAAUGAGGUAAUAAUUCUUGAGGAUGAACUUGAAAAACUUGUUAGCACUAAGGAGACACCUGAAUUGACAACGGAAGCCCAUCAGGUUCUGGAACAAAAACUAAAGUUUAUUCAGCCUCAUAUGCAGGCAAGUAACAGCUGCUGGGAAGAAGCCAUUUCUCAGGUGGAAAAAAUGAGUGGAAAAAAUCCAAAUAAAAAAGGCAAGCUUGAAGCUUUCUGUGACAACCUACAGCGUACUACAGUACCUUUAAUGCAGCCUACCAUAUACAUAGAAGACAGAGAUCCAAUCCCCGAAGAGCAGGAAUUAGAAGCAUAUGUUGAUUAUUCAGAUAUGGACAAUGAAUAUAACAGGGAAGCUUUCGACUGCUUUUCCCAGGAAGAGAGAGAGAGACAAAAACGAGAGAGAGAAGAAUCUAAGAGGGUGUUACAAGAAUUGAAAUCUGUACUGGGUUUUAAAGCUUCAGAAGCAGAAAGACAGAAAUGGAAACAGCUGCUAUUCAGUGACCAUGCUGCAGUGAAACCCUUGUCUCCUGUAGAAUCGCUGAAGCUACUAAGUAAUUUGGAAUCACACAUGAAUUCAGAUACAGAAAAGCAGAACUGCAGCCAAAGUUGUGAUAAAUCUGAAGAAAUAGACUCUAAUCCAAAAGUGAAUGCUGCUGAUAAAAGCAGGACAGAAUAUUUGUAUGAAGAUCCUGAGAUGGAGAAAAACAAAGACAGUACUAGUGAAGAAGGUAUUUCUACAGGGGCUGAAGAAAGAAUGUGUUAUCAGUAUGAAGGGGAAGUUGAAGAUCUCAAGCCAAGCGAUACAGAUGUAAUAGAGGUUUCACAGCCUCCUUCUAAGGAUGCAUUGCAUUCAAAAAUAAAGCAUAGGCUGGCUCAGCUCCACAUAUCAACAGAUUUUAACUUCACAUCUGGUCUGGCUGCACAAGUUGCUGCCAGGUCUUUCACUUUUACUACAAUGCAAGAACAGACUUUUGGAGAUGAUGAUGAGGAGGAGGAGGAGGAGGAGGAGGAGGAGGAAAAGGAGGAAGAGAAGAGGCAAGAGCAUGAAGGCCUUGUGGAAGAUUUUGAGAAUGAAGGUAGAGGCUCUGAAAGUGAAGGAAAAGUAAAAGUCUGAGCUGAACUGUGUUAAACCAACAGCAGGCAAUUUGGUAGAAAAAUAAAUAUAAGGUGGGAGUUUGAAGAUUAAAUUACUGGGUGGAAAAAACAAUUGGAGACCUAAAUGUAAUAUGUUUUGUUCCCUAAGUCUGAUACACUAAAUGGGACUUCUAAGUAUAUUGAAAAUUUGCAGGUAAGACAAAUUUAGGCUGCAUCCACCAAACAGUCGGCUGCUGCCUUUUUAAGAUCUUAGUGGUGAGUUUUGGAAUUUACCUUAGUAUUUUCUGUUUUAUUUAUUUGUAUCAUAACGUGCUGUUGUUGUUUUUCUAAAAAGAAUGAAAAACAAUGUAUUGAAUUACAACAGACUCCGUCUUUUGCUUUCUGGUAUAGUUGUCAUGGUAUCAUAUGUUAGUUCCAACAAAAAAGGAAGAACCUGAACUGUUCCCUGUGAUCAUCUUCUACCACUUCUCAUGUUUGCAGUGAGAUGGCUAAGCCACCACAGGCAUUUGUGAUUCUGUGGGUAGCGAUGCUCCCAACUAAAAUGUAGAGUUUUAAGUAAAAACUUGGAAGAACUAGUAUUUUAUGUGUCCUGGGGCAUGUGGCUGAAAUAGUAUGAAGUUGGUCAUGCUUCAUAUUAAGGUUUAUGGAUAAUUUUAUGAAGGGUUAAUAAAUGACUCCUAAACGUUGUAAUUAAUGUUAGAAGGGUGUAGUACGUGUUAGGAAGGGUUUUAAGCAUAUCAGUAGAAAGUACUAUAGAGAGGUAGAAGCUAUCUGUUGGAUUUAUAAUAGAUGAGAAUUAAACAGCUAUUUAUUAAAAUAGCUAUUAAUUAUUUGUUAACCUUUUAUAAAUUGAACCUUAAUAUAAUGUUUGAUUUUGAUAUAAUGAUUGCUUGUACAUUUUUGUUUAUGUCCUGAAGUAAUUUUCUUAAAGCAAAAUUGACAUCUAUGGUAUUUUAAUAGCAUAUUUGCUCUUCCCUAAUGUUCUUCCAUUUUUCCUUAGAUUACAAGGGUCACACAACCUGUGUGAUUAAGAUCCAUGAGAGAACAAGACUUUUCUAAGGUGUAUCUUGUAACUUGGUGGACACCUAAGUUUGGAUGUUUGAUAUGAGGUUAUGCGAGUAGUUUUUUCUUUGAGGUGGUUUUACGAGGAGCAGCAAAUGGAUAUGGCAGAUGGUCACCUCACAGAGGAGCCUGGGAAUGGUUUUACUGCCUUCUCUUCCUUUUGCCCUCAUACACGAAAUGACACAAAGAUCUCAUGCCUCUGUUGGUGAGAGAACAGCCUGUUUGUAUGGACCUGUAUGUACGUGGACCUGGAUAAACUUCCACUCACAAAAUGCCUCAUCAGUUACUUAGAGUAUUUAUUACCUCUUCGAGCUUGUUGACUUUAUAGAGUACAGGGUGUGGAGAAGCAAGUUGUUCAGAGCAAUGUCUUUUACUAGGAUGCUGUCUUGGGAUGGGGGGAAGCUAACAAAGGUCAGCAGGGUAGGGUGGGACUCUUGACCAUAUGUCAGGAAACGUGUGCUUUCUUUCAACCUCUCUUCUACUAGUGAUUUUGUGUGAAUGCUCUAAGUAUGUAUACUUUUUUUUCACAAACCCUAAAUAAGCAAAUAUAAAUUUAUAGAGAAGGUUGUAUGUGAUUUAUGCUAUUCUUUCACAAUACAAUACCUGUCUUUCCCCUGACAGACAGGAUUGGCUAAGAGAAUAUUCUGACACCCUUCAUUAACCAGUAACACCGUAUUUGUGCCCUUAAUUACGUGUAAGUGACUGGAAGCUAACUGGAUGGUGUCUGGGGAGAGGGGAGCAUGGAAUAUUCUUCUCAUAGUAUUUUCAGAAGCUAAGCCUCCUUUUAGUUGUAGGAUAUACACUUCUCUAGAUCCAUAAAGGUUAGGAUAAGAUGAUGAAUUUUUUUAUUUUCUCUGUGGUAAACAAUCAAGGCUUGAACAACUGUUUUGGUUAAGUGGUAUUUGAAGUGUUGCCCGUGCUUCUGAAAAAUAAGUCUUCCUCAUCCUUGACUUGAGAUCCUUGAUUCUUCACUAAGUGCCCACAUAUUUUGUGUUCCUAGGUAAGUGUUCUGGCUGCCUGUUUGUUGCAUUACCAUUUUUCCACAAGCUCACCCACCAACAUCUCAUGAUCUGAUAUUGUGUAUCCCCACACUGAUACUUCUUUCAUCUAAACUUUUCCAGCAGGAUCCAAAUCUUAGUUUACAAUGUAGAUGGCUAUGAUACCAACUUGGGAACAUCAUCAGGUUUAGGAUAUGAGUUAUAUCUCUCUUCACAGUUUUGGAUAAUAUCAGUAGUUGCAUGAAUGUUUUGCAUUGCUAUUAGAAUAGGUGUCAGAUUUAACUUCUGUACGAGUUGCUAGUUCUUUAUUCCUUCACUUCAGUCCUUAGCCAAAGACCUGGAAAACAGACCUUGGCAGCUCACACGGGACCUAUUUUUGUAACGUGCUGGUCUCAGUGAUGAAACCGGCCUAAGAAGCCCCAUCCACCAUUUGUUGUUUGUUUUCAUCCAUCAGCUGGGUCAACACAAGUUUUUGUGGCCAUGUAUUAAUCAGACCUCUGAGUCUGCUUGGCCCAAAGAAAAAAACACCCCACAUCCUUUUUAGUGUUUAUUUUUCACCUUGCUUAUUUUAAUGAUGCAAUUUACAGCAUUUACCUCCAAACAGCUGUUUCAGCACAUACUGCGUUGCUGACGUGAGGCUCAGGAUUGCUCGUAUUUACAUUAUUGGCAAUGACAAUGUACUGUGAAAUUACAGCCUUGACAUGAGAGGUGGGUAUGAUCAAGUAUGACUUUUUGGAGCAAAUUCUGAUUCUACAACAAAGAGAUUUUCUACAAGCAAUUUAACUGAUUUUCAUGGUCUUACUUAACGCAGUCUUAGAAGUUGUGUAUGUGAACACCUGGGUUCAGUUGCUCUCUCUCCCUCUCAUCCAUCACAUCUAUAUAUAACUGCUAUCAGGUCAUUUAUUUAAAUUUAUUUAAUAUUCUCUGUGUAAAAAUUUGGCUAAUAGUCUACAGCACACAAAGCAUGUCUUCCUUUAAUCACCAGGUUCUAUCUAUAUAUAAACAGUCUUAUAAUCCAGAGUUCCUCACAAGAGCAAAGAGCGGAGCUAAUAAAAACUGCAUAUUCCAUUUCUGAUGAGCAGCUCUGUGAAUUUGUAAAGAAAUAAGUAACUAUACAGGGUUAAGUAAUUUAUUUUUCUCCUACCUGCCUGGAAGGUUCUCCAAAGACAGUAUUUGCUUCUUCAGUUGGAUUGCAAUCUAGCACUACAUCUUCUGUGUCGCGUGGUUUUACAGCUACAGAUACAGGUAGGCAAAGGCUUAAACAAGGACAGAGAUCUAUGAUACAAAGACAUUAAUUGUUCCUUUUAUUAGUCUAUGUCUUCAUGACGGAAAUGUAGCACUGGUGUAAUGGAAGCAUAUAUUGAAUAUUACAGACAACACUGAAUCUUUCAAGUGGAGUCGAGUGUGCCUGUGUCAGUUGUAAGCAGGAUCAGCAAACAUGAGGGCUUUGGCUAUUGGUUUCAGUCGUGAGGCAGCUGACUCCUGACAGGGUUACUAGAGAUCACCAAAUCUUGCAGUUCGUUAUAAAAAUACAGGAUGAAAUUUGGUAGAGCAGCCGAUUUUACUGAGGUUUCAGACUCAGCCCUGAGCACAUUUGUGUGACCAGGCUGAUUGUUUACAGCAUUGGAAAUUUUAUGUGCAUCUGGACAGCAGAAUUUGCAAUUGUCUUCUUAAUCUCUCCGCCAGUUUAAAAAAA